GAGCAGUACAUGAUGGCCGAACAGCAGAUUCGAGAAAUACUAGAGAGCUAGAAAAACUGCCAGUAAUUCUAAGCUGUUUAUGUGCCAACUGUGUUGUGUCGCCGUCCACACUCCGUGGGCUGGGCGCCCUUGACUAUCAGCUCCCCAACUGGUCAAAGACGCAUCCGUCGUGACAGUCUCACUGGAAGCACAAAUCCCCAGCCGAACUCCGGCUAGAAGGAAUUCGGUUGACAUCCACAGUUUUAUCGACACAACACACCUCCGUGUCACCGAAAUCGUCUGAUGUGGAAGACAACGGGGUGAAAUGUUCAGACUUUUCGUCCACCACUGAAAAGGGCGCAUGUGAAGUAAUCCCAGACGGAUUACGGGGAUACCGCUGCCAUUAGACCUAAAAGUGUGAGGCACAAGCUCACCGUCACUGUGCGACCCGCUUUGAAGCGAGGAACGCAUGACGCGAUCAACUGAGCGAGUGGGAGAGAUAGCUUAGCUGUCAUCGCGCGAGAGUCCAAGUCUAUUCCCAGAAAGGUUAUCCAUUGAGAGGGAAUUAAAACACUCUUCUGGAAAUUUGUGCAUAAACCCAGGCUGUUUAAAUGAUUCAGCACAAGAUCCUGGUGAGAGUGUUCUUGAGUCUGCGAUUUUGCUAUCACCAGCCAAUCGUCUAAGUAUUUCAAAACACGAACGCCUUGGAGCCGCAACGGGGCCAGAGCUGCUUCCAUGCAUUUUGAAAAAGUACGGGGAGCCAGAGCUAAGCCAAAGGGAAGAACACGGUACUGAUAUGCUUUGCCCUCUAAAACUUCAUGUGUCUUUUGAUGAUCUGAAUAUGAAAGUAUGCAUCUUUCAGAUCAAUUGUGACAAACCAGUCGUUUGGUUGAAUCUGAGACAAGAUAGAAUUUACCGGUAACAUCUUGAAUUUGCUCAUCCUGAGUGCAAGAUUCAAACGGCAUAAAUCCAGAAUGGGUCGCAACCCGCCGUCUUUUUUUGGCACCACAAAAUUGCAGCUGUAAAACCCUGACUCCAUCUGAGAGGGGUGUACUUCCUCUAUAGCCCCUUUUCUCAGCAGAGUUGACAUCUCUUGUCGCAGCACCGCUAUUUCCUUCGGUUUCACAACCGUGGGAAGAAUUCCGCGGAAAGGAGGAGGGCCUUUUCGAAACUGAAUGGUGUAUCCGUGACAAAUUGUGCCUAACACCCAUUGCUAGAUGUCGGGCAAGCGUUCCGACGCAUUUUCCAAUGAGGCUGGACGUGACUCGAUACGCCUUAGAAGGACAGCUCGCUGUUGGAGGGGGAAACAUGCUUAUCCUGUCAACUAGGAGAGAGAGAGAGCUUGCGUCAGCCGUGAAGUUCUCAGACCCCGAGGCCGCGGCGGAUAAAACGUAUUUGUCGUAACAUCCACAACCGAAGGAGAUAGCAUCGUAUGCCUCCUGUGUGGGCUAUAAAUCCUAGUUAGAGAAAACGACUGGUUCGAUAAAGCUCUUUUCCUGCACCAGGGUAGGGGAGAGCGAGGGAUGUGGAUAAAAUUCCAGCACUGCGCUGUCCUCAAAAUCCAUAUCGCACGUGUCUCCCCAAGCUAUCGCCUCAUGUGGUGCCUCGGCAGCCACAACAGUGACAUGACGGGGGUUAGACACGGGGGCGACAUUAGAAAACACUUCUACCCUUGAGCGCAGUACUCUAAGCCGCAGGCCAUCACAGUGGGGACAAGAAGAAAGGCCGCUAAGUGCCGGCUGUGUGUAAGCCUAAACAUACUACACACCUUUCAUGUGAGUCUCCCUUCGUCCACGAAGAGGGGUUAGCACUGCUCGUAGAAACCGAUGAGAAAGCGAGAUGAUUCCUAGGGCACAGAUGAUUCGCUUCCAUGAAGGAAUUAAAUCUGAGCGAAAUAGCGUGCAGCACCCAGGUAUACGAUGCGUGCGCAUGCGUAGGGGUGGAGCCAAGCGCUAUUUGGCCAAUACGAUUGAAGGGAUGGUAUAGAGCUUCAGACAUUCGUCACACCGAGGGGUGUUCCCAUAUGGUGACGUCACCGCAGCAUCGAAGUGAACUAUGAAAGGGAAACCUCUUUCACAUGGUUUAUAAACACUGUUACACAAAAAGGACAUUGAUACAGACUACCAACUUUGUCUGUCAACAAUAAUAAACUAAAUAAAAAUAACUAGAGCUGCAAGAUAUGACACAAAGAAAAUAAAUUAUGAUCGUAUUGUAACAAGCUAUCAUGUUUGUGGUAUAUAAAGCAUAGAUAAACGUAUGAUGAAUUUCACCACGUCUUCUUAUUUCCAGUUUAAAGGCAGUUGGUAUCCAGCUUAUUGGUGCAUUACCGCUCCCUUCUGUUGCAGCAUAAUGAUUGAAAGUUGAACGUUUAUCGCUGAUUGGCCAACACCGUAACAUUCCUUUCACCAAUGAGAAACCUUUUGGCCCGCCCAUUUCCCCAGGCUUCCAUUCCCUUUUGGCACGCCCCUUCUAGCUACCUUUUGGCACGCCCAUUGCUCCAGGCUGCAGCUUCCCCUGUCUCUCUCUUGUGAGGAACGGUCACGAGCCACCUGCUGUGGAAACAUGAGCAAACUUUACUCCAGUACAGACUGGGCGGAAUAAUGGCUGGACGUAUGUGCAUAAGUUUGCUGAAUGCUUUGGUCAGGGGAAAUGUAAUAUUUAGGAACCAGGAAUGUGUGCGCAAAAGUAAACGUGUUGUGUUGAUCUCACGGUGUCACGCCAGGUCUCUGUCCAGCAUCAGCACGGUUCAACCGGACCUCAGCUCGCAUCUCGCUGGCAAGACCUACUCAGAUUUAUAUGAACUGUCAGUCAAAGAUCCAGAAACGUUCUGGGGAUCCAUCGCCAGGGAAAGGCUGACAUGGACCAAACCUUUCGAUCAAGUGACGGACUGCGAUCUCACCAGCGGGAAAAUCAACUGGUUUCUUGGAGGGCAGCUGAACGUCUCUGUGAACUGUUUGGAUGUACACGUGGCAAAGGAUCCAGACAGAGUAGCCUUGAUUUGGGAGAAAGAUGAACCUGGCACAGAAGAAAGGAUCACAUACAGGCAGCUUCUGGAGAGGACCUGUCGCCUUGCCAACACUUUAAAGAGUUAUGGUGUCCAGAGGGGAGAGCGGGUGGCCAUCUACAUGCCGGUGUCUCCUAUGGCAGUAGUAGCCAUGUUGGCCUGUGCUCGUAUCGGUGCCGUGCACACUGUGGUGUUUGCAGGGUUCAGCUCAGAGGCUCUGGCUGGCAGAAUUCAGGAUGCCCAGUGCAAGUUUGUCAUUCACAUGCAACCAAGGUGUGAGGGGCGGCCGUAUCUUCGAUCUGAAGGCCCAUGGUGGAUAAAGCAGUGA